AAUAUUAAAUUAGAAUAUAUCAUAUGUGUAUAUAUUAUAUUAUUUUAUCUUAUUUGAAAUACAGUAACACAUUUGGAUUAGCAUAUAUAUGUUUCCGUGAUUAAAAAGGUGUCCAAUAAAUUGUGAAAACAUAACCAUGUAUUUAAUUUUCAACCGUGCAGUGUAUAACACAGCACCAUUUUUAUAUUCAUUAAAAGAAGUAACUAAAAUAUUUCUUCUAACUUUUAAUUCAAAAAUAUAUAAUAAACAUUAUACUUGUUAUAGUCAAUCACAUGAAAAACAGCAAAGUGGUGCAUGGAAAGUAUUAUUUUUUGGCACAGAUGAAUUUGCUGUCGAAAGUUUGAAAGUCUUAUAUAGCAAAUAUAGAUCUAAGGAAUUGGAACGACUAGAAAUUGUUACUGUCAAUCAAAAAAGGGAAAAUUCUGUCACAAAAUAUGCAAAAGAAAAUAAAAUUAUUGUAAAUAAAUGGCCAGUUGAAAUUAAUAAAUCAGAGUUUCAUAUAGGAAUAGUUGUUUCAUUUGGUCAAUUAAUACCAUCCAAGAUCAUAAAUGCAUUUCCACUAGGCAUGUUGAAUGUACAUAGUAGUUUAUUACCAAGAUGGAGAGGAGCAGCUCCAAUAAUUUACGCGUUAAUAAAUGGAGAUUCAAAAACUGGUGUCACAAUAAUGAAAAUAAUGCCAAAAAAAUUUGAUAUAGGAGAAAUAAUAUUGCAAAAGGCAAUAGAUAUUAAUGAACAUGAAACUCUGCCAGAAUUAUAUACAAAAUUAGCAAAACUUGGUGCAAAUCUUUUAGAAGAAACGUUUGAAAAUUUAUUAGAAUUAUUAAAAUCUGCAAGACCUCAAGAUGAAGAAAACGUAACAUAUGCACCAAAAAUAACGUCAGAAAUAUCUUUAGUUAAUUGGAAUAAAAUGUCUGCAACAAAUGUUUAUAACUUACAUCGUGCGCUUGUGGGUUUAUACCCUUUAACUACUUCAUUUCAAAACGCAAAAAUAAAGUUAUUUGACGUUCAAAAAAUUGAAUCAGAAUCAAUAGUAACAAACCUCGAAGGAGCAGAACCAGGAACCGUGAUAUAUAGUAAAAAGAAUAAUGCAUUGAUUAUAAAAUGUAAAGAAAACACUUAUGUUUCUGCAAAGCAAGUAACUGUACAAGGAUCGCAGUCCGCACAAUGCCACGAAUAGCCUCUUCUUUUGGGUGAUUUUUUAACUGGUGGAUCAAGACAGGUGAAGUGGUAGCAUUUUUUACAUUCAUCACACCUGAGGUACGAAAAAUGAUGAAUUCAUAUGUCCAGCAUAUAUUUAAGAAAUAAAUAUUUGAUGUAUUUAUGUAAACUAACAUGACGAGAUUUUGACUGGUACCAGACAUAUCACAGACAUUGCAAUGUGUUAAAAGGAACAGUAUUUGAAGGUAAAGGUGGAACAGGUGGAGGUGGUGGUAGUUUAGGUAAUGGCGGUGGUGAUGUAAUUUCAGUACUAGUAGAUGUGGCAACAAACAUUUGUGGACUUGAUUCUGAUGCUACAUCUCCUUCUGGUCUUGGAAUUGGUUUUAUCUAUUUAAUAAAAUAAUUAUGAGGUGAUAUACAUACAUACAUAUAUAUAUG